GCGUUCUCGUCUUUUUUUUUUUUGCUCCUCUCUGUUACUUUUUAGCAACAACACGAGACGGCAGGAGAGAGCGCGCGCGCCUCUCCGCCAGCGGUGUCCAGCGGAGUAAUAUUUUUGGAGUUCUCUCACUCUCUUCUUUUAAUCAUUAUUUACUCCUGUUGUUCGUUUUUCCUCUGCGUUAUGGUGAACUUCGGCAGUCACGUGUGAUUCUUUCCGCGACUACACAUAUCGGCGACUUCACCGUGAGGGGAAAUAUACUUGGCUUUUUUUUUUCCUUUUUUUUUCUUUUUUUUUAAAGCGUGUGCGCUUCCGCCGGACACAAGUUAGUGACUCAAACUUGACUUCCUGCAUUGUGUUGUUGUUUACAGAAUAGCUCACGUCCCGACACUGCUUUCACUCUUCUGGCGGACAACAACAAAAAGCACUCUGUCAGGGAUGAAAUAUGCAGACUGUGCAUCCGUAGAAACCGGCAGAAGAUAUACACUGUAAAGUCCAUAGUGGUUUUAAAUCAUGAUGAUGCAGGAGUCGGCCACAGAGACAAUAAGCAACAGUUCAAUGAGUCAAAAUGGAAUGAGCACCCUAAGCAGCAGCCAAUUAGAGGCUGGCAGUAGAGAUGGGAGAUCAAGCGCUGGUGACACGAGCAGCGAAGUAAGCACAGUCGAGCUGCUGCAUCUGCAACAACAGCAGGCCCUACAAGCAGCGAGGCAAUUACUCUUGCAGCAGCCAGGCAGUGGCCUGAAAUCUCCAAAGAGCCAGGACAAGCAGCGUCCACUGCAGGUUCCAGUGUCAGUGGCCAUGAUGAGUCCCCAGGUGAUCACACCGCAACAGAUGCAGCAGAUCCUCCAGCAGCAGGUGCUUUCCCCACAGCAGCUCCAGGCCCUGCUCCAGCAGCAGCAGGCUGUUAUGCUGCAGCAGCAACACCUACAGGAGUUUUAUAAGAAGCAACAGGAGCAGCUUCAUCUGCAGCUUCUCCAGCAGCAGCACCCCGGCAAACAGGCUAAAGAGCAACAGCAGCAGCAGCAGCAGCAGCAGCUGGCCGCCCAGCAGCUUGUCUUCCAGCAGCAACUCCUGCAGAUGCAGCAGCUCCAGCAGCAGCAGCACCUGCUCAACAUGCAGCGGCAGGGCCUCCUCUCGCUGCCCGGGCCCGCUCCCGGCCAAGCCGCGCUGCCCGGACAGACGCUCCCCCCGCCAGCUGGCCUUAGCCCCGCAGAGCUCCAACAGUUAUGGAAGGAUGUAACCGGAGGCGGUGGUCAUGGUAUGGAAGACAACGGUAUCAAACACAAUAGUAGCGCCACUGGCAACGGUGGGGGUGGCGGCGGUCUAGACCUCACCACCAACAAUUCUUCUUCAACUACCUCCUCGUCCAAUCCCUCCAAAGCAUCGCCGCCCAUCUCGCACCAUUCGCUCGUCAACGGCCAGUCUCCUGCCCUCAACCACAGACGAGAGAGGGAACGAGAGCGAGAGAGUUCUUUACAUGAAGAAAAUGGAGGGUCGCAUCCCCUGUAUGGUCACGGCGUAUGUAAGUGGCCCGGCUGUGAAAACAUCUGCGAGGAUUUUGGACAGUUUUUGAAGCACCUAAACAACGAGCACGCCCUGGAUGAUCGGAGCACAGCCCAGUGUCGAGUCCAGAUGCAAGUUGUACAGCAGCUGGAAAUCCAGCUUUCUAAAGAACGUGAGCGUCUUCAGGCGAUGAUGGCCCACUUGCACAUGCGGCCCUCAGAACCCAAAUCAUCUCCCAAACCACUUAACCUGGUGUCCAGUGUCACCAUGUCCAAGAACUUGCCCUCAGCGUCGCCCCCAAACUUGCCACAGACGCCCACCACACCCACGGCGCCGAUCACGCCCAUGGCUGCCAUGCCACAGGUGCCCUCUGUACUGGGCGGAGCAAACGUCCCCAGUAUGGGGGCCAUGCGCAGACGUCACUCUGACAAAUACUCCAUGCCUCUCUCGUCAGGUGGUGACACAGUAUUUAUUUUUCCAGAGAUCGCCCCAAACUACGAGUUUUAUAAGAACGCAGACGUCAGGCCGCCAUUCACUUAUGCAACCCUCAUAAGACAGGCUAUCAUGGACUCUGCCGACAUGCAGUUAACGCUUAAUGAAAUCUACAGCUGGUUCACGCGCACGUUCGCCUACUUCAGACGUAACGCUGCAACUUGGAAGAACGCUGUACGCCACAACCUCAGCCUGCACAAGUGCUUCGUGCGCGUGGAGAACGUGAAAGGGGCGGUGUGGACGGUAGAUGAGGUGGAGUACCAAAAACGCCGGUCGCAGAAGAUCACAGGGAGCCCGUCACUCGUCAAGAACCUGCCCUCUAGUCUUGGUUAUGGAAGUGCACUAAAUGCCAGCUUACAGGCGGCGCUGGCAGAGACCUCCCUGCCUUUGCUGGGGACUCCUGGCCUGAUGAACAGCAGCUCCUCUGGCCCUCUGGGAGGCGGCUGCCAUGGCCUCCUGGGCGGAGACCCGUCUGGGCUGAUGGGCGGGAGUCCACCCGGGAUGCUGGGCGGGAGUCCACCCGGACUGCUGGGCAUCAGCCCCCCAGGUACAUUGAGCGGCAGCCCGCCCACGCUGUUGCAGUCUGCCCACGAGGAGCUCAACGGCUCGUUGGACCACUUGGACACCAACGGUCACAGCAGCCCUGGUUACUCCCCACCGGUACACAUGCCGCAAGUUCACGUGAAGGAAGAGCCACUUAACAUGGAUGACGAAGACUGUCCGAUGUCACUGGUAACGACAGCCAAUCACAGUCCGGAGCUGGAAGACGAGCGGGAGCUGGAGGAAGGGAACUUAUCAGAAGACCUGGAGUGACUAGAAUACGGUUUUGGCCGAAGUGUCCCUCUGGCCAGCAGCACUGUUCCUCUCACACAGACUCGAAACCACUCCACCAUCCAAACACACACACACACGGCUGACUGUCCUUCUCUCUCACCACUGGGACUAUUUAUUGCGCAUGCAUCCAGAUGCGGACUGGUCCAAAGGGACUUUUUUUGGGAACCCCAAACAUAACAGGCAUGAGAUGUCUGGUUUUGAAAAGAACUUUUUGAGACGUGUUUCCUAAGAGAUGGCGUGGCCACAAACAGUACGAGGACGACGGACUCAUGAACGGGAGGGGGAGAAAAAAAACCCAUGAAACGAGCAAAUCGCGUUCUGUUGAAAGCUAGCGGCUUCAUGUACUGCCAAAAAAAAACAAAAAAUCAAACAAAGAUGUUUUAUGUUUGUGAAUAAUCCCACCCACAGUAGUUGUUGACGUCCAGAGACGAUUGCUGGUUCAAUUCAAGUUGUUGCUCUCUUAUCAUUUGCACACAAGUAGUCUCAGAAAUUUGUGUCACUGCCUGUAUGUUGCUACUGUUAGAAAAAACAGUGUAUUAUUUUCAGCUUCUUUUGUUUUUCUUUUUGUUUUUGUUUGUUGUUUUUUUUAUGUCAUAAUAUGAUUUGGACACCACCAACUGUAAAUGCCAUUCCCUGAAAUUACGCCAGUAAUGGAACUACGGUAUCAAGACUGUUGCUGCAACUGUCCAAAAAAAAGUUAAAAGAAAAAAAAAAGAAAAAAGUUGGCUUGCAGUCUGUUAUGUGUAUGUGAACCUUAAAAAAAGGGAAAUUAAGUUGUGGGGGUGAAAAAGGGGGUUUAUGUAAAGCACCAUUUCCAAAAGGUUUCUGCGUAAUUAUCUUCUUCUUGUUCUCCUUACCUCCUUGUUUAAAAGCUUUGUCUACCUGCAAACAGUCACAGGCAACAGCUAGAAACCAAAGCCAACACGAGCAAUGGCCAAUAGCUUAGAGACAGAAGCCGCCAGACUCCUCUUGGUUCGCCUUCUGUGGCUUAAACGAGAAAGAGAAGCUUUUGUUCUGCAAACUACCUUUGAAGAACCUCUGGGAUUGUUUCUUUUAGCCCUAUACAAAGAUUACCACAAGAGAGGGAC